AUGAUCGGACAGCUUAUGAAUCUCAAGGCCACGGAGCUCUGUCUUGGCCUUCCUGGCGGUCCUGAAACCGUAGAGAGUCCGGCUAAAUCGGCGGUGGGAAACAAGAGAGGCUUCUCCGAGACCGUUGAUCUCAUGCUCAAUCUUCAGUCUAACAAAGAAGGAACCGUCGAUCUCAACAAUAUCGCCGCAGCUCCUAAGGAGAAGACUCUCAUCACAGACCCUGCUAAGCCUCCUGCUAAAGCGCAAGUGGUUGGUUGGCCACCUGUGAGGAACUACAGGAAGAACAUGAUGACUCAGCAGAAGACCACCGGCUCGGAGGAGGCCAACAGCGACAAGGCCGGAACUGGAGCUGCCUUGGUGAAGGUCUCCAUGGACGGAGCUCCUUACCUAAGGAAGGUCGACCUCAAGAUGUACAAAAGCUAUCAGGAUCUCUCUGAUGCUUUGGCCAAAAUGUUCAGCUCCUUCACUAUGGGAAACUAUGGAGCACAAGGAAUGAUAGAUUUCAUGAACGAGAGCAAGCUGAUGGAUCUGCUGAACAGCUCGGAGUAUGUUCCAAGCUACGAGGACAAAGAUGGUGAUUGGAUGCUCGUCGGCGAUGUCCCAUGGGAAAUGUUUGUCGAGUCAUGCAAACGUUUGCGCAUUAUGAAGGGGUCGGAAGCAAUUGGACUUGCUCCGAGAGCAAUGGAGAAGUACUGCAAGAACAGAUCAUGA